AUGGAAGAUGCACCCCCUUUCAUCUACCUGUACCAUGAAAUGAGCGAUUCAAUCGAGCCCCGACCUCAGCAAAAAGGGCAGUUUUUGUGGAUUUUGGGCGGACUGGUGCUAGUGGUGGCACUCCGGGGAAUUCUCUUCAGCUCGCUGGCUCUCGGAGUGCUCCUGGGCUUCCUCUCGGCUGUCGUCCUGGUGCUGGCCCUGCUCUAUGUGCAUAACGGCAACUCGACCAAUGGAGCCUACUCGACAGGCAUAGAACACCCCUCGGGUUCGUUCAAGCCCAUCGGGUUCACGCUGCCCGAGGUAUGGGAGCGCCACGUGACAGAGCUCACCACAGAGCCCGCAGAACUACCUCCCAUCGAACCGAACUCCUUCAUCAUCAGCGACUCACUCGACACGUUGAUCGAGUACAUUGUGCGGGACUUUGUCAUGGCAUGGUUCGGCAACGUGUGCAAGACAGACCACAUGUUUGGCUAUGAGAUCGAUACUGCCUUGAGAUCCAUUACCAAGGAGUUGUCUCUGAGACUCAAACGAAUAGAUCUGGCCGUCUUUCUCAUUCUCAAGCUGCUGCCUAUUGUCAAGACACAUUUCACCGACUUUGUGACCGCCGACAAGACUGUGCGUGAAAGAGCUGGAACUAAACUCACCGAGUCCCAUGAGUUCAAUGCUGCUGUGGCUACAGAGUUCCUCCAGAACGUCUCUGAGCAUCCACAUCCAGCUGUAGCCGUGAAGGACAUGGACAAUGAAGCCCGUGGGAAAGAAUGGCUUCGUGGAGUCAGUCAGCGACUGUUGCUGCGUACUCUGCCUGUGGAGGAACGCAACGUGAAACUGGUUGUUUUGCUGUUGCGAGAGAUUCUGGCUUGUACAGUUCUCUUUCCAGUCGUCAGUGGAACGCUUUCAGACCCCGACACGUGGAACCAGCUGCUGGUCAAGUUCGUCGAGCCGUCUCUGGAGGAUAAAAGGAAUGUGCAGCAGGUGAGAGACGCUUUGGAUAAACAUUCUGCAGCUCAGACCACAAGCCCCGCCCCUUCAGAAGGAUCCGCCACUCCCAAAAAACGGCCAAUCAAGCUGUCGCCGUCAGCUUCACAGCAAGACUUUGAAAGGUUUAUACGCAAAAUCAAGGCUAUCGAUACAGCCCAAGAAGCCAAACAGCUCCGAUACAACAUUUCUGUCCAGCUUCAACGGCUCGAUAAGGAGGCUUCUGGCUCGUACGAAUCCGGCCUGUAUUCUGGGCGCCUUCGAGAAGCCCAAUCCAUUCUGGAUGCUAAGCUGCAGGACUUUGGUAUCGCUAGCAGUGCCAGCGCUCCUUCUUCGGCACCUUCCUCUGCGUCCAUCUCAGAGAAGCCUCAUAACCUCAACGCUUUCGAAAAAUUUCUUAGGAACACCACUGCAACUGCGUCGUCUACCAUCUCUUCAUCUUCUUCGAUGUCUGAAGAGCAUAUUGUGGCGGCUCUUCGACAUGAUAAGCUCAAGUAUGGUCUUUCAGACGUGCUCAAUGAUCCUUCGUGUCUGCAGUGGUUCAUGGAGUUUGCCGACCAGCGGUCUAGAAUGGUUCUUUUGCAGUUCUGGCUGACGGUCAACUCUAUCAAGGAUCCCCUUGAGGAAUUUGCGGGUAAGACACAGGAGGGUCUGGAUCUCGACAAUGAGGACCAGUCCGAUGACGAAGACAUUCCUGUUGGCGUGACUGCCUCCCAAUUGAAGCAGUCUCGAGAUGACGUGGAGACAAUCUACGAGAUGUACUUCCAGGGCCAUAUGGAGGGUCCUCAGCUGGUGGUUGAUCCUCGAAGCUUCAACGAUGUUAGAACGUUUGUUGAAUCCAAGCACCCCACCAUGGACCAGUACAGACAGGCACGAAAGGGUAUUUUGCGAACCCAGCAUGCUGCUUUCCAGAAGCUUGAAAAGUGCGAUUUGGAGGAUUUCAAAAAGUCAGAUUUGUUCUCCAAGUUCCUGGCUAUUCAACCCACGGAGCAACAGAUUGCAGCUUACCACAAGAAAAAGAAGAAGUGGGGUGUUACUGAUAUGUUCAAGAAGCUCGAUACUCCAAAGAGGAAGCCUGUUUCGUCUUCGGCUUCGUCUUCGCAUCAUGACACCAAGAGUUCACCUGAGAAGCGUGACAGAUCGUCUCACAACGACCACCAAGACAAGCGGAACUCCCAUCAUCAAUUUGACGGCGCUAAUACCAGUCUGCUGGAUGGGGUUGAUGUGGAGGCAAAUGACGACUUCAACUCCCAUUACUCGUCUUUAGAUCAGUCUCAAAAGCCUGCUGCUGACAAAUCGCUGAUUGAUCUCAAUGAUACACAAUCUCAGUCUGAAAAGGUUGCUCCACAAUCAGCACCUCUGAUUUCUUUGGAUGAUGAGGCUACUUCAAGACCUGUUACACCUCCUCCACAGCAACCUACUAGUGCUGGAGAGUCCCAGCUUUCGCAAUCUGAAGCUGUUCAGGCCGCCCUCAAGUCUAUCAUGGACUCUCCAUCUGGCACCAGAGAUCCUCUUUUUGAUGAUGACGACGACUUUGGUAUCUUUGGCAGCAAACGAUCCGGUUCAAAGCUGUUGGAAGAAGGAAGUAGGCCCGGAUCUAAACUGUUUGAGGGCAGUCGACCGGCUUCUAAGCUGUUUGAUGACUCGGAUUACGAUGAAAGUGAUGUGGAGAAGGUCCAGUCUUCUGUGGUGGCAUCGCUUUCACAAAGCUUGGAUGAAGAUCAGAUCAAGGCAUUGGACACAGCUGACGCAAUUCCUCCAGAAGAAGAGUCAUUCUCUUUGCAUUUUGCCUCUCCCGGUGAUCUCGGAUUGACGGAGGCUAUCAAGACUCUCACUAUCGAUAUUGAAAAGCUGAAGGGUCAGGUUAAGGUGCUGGAGCCACUGUUGCGUAAGGCCGAGCUUACAAACAACACCAACGAGAUUCGCAUUCUGUCCAAGUCGGUCUCAUCGCUCCAGCGGGAGAUCAACAAUAAGGAGAUGCAGCGACAGCAGUACAUUGUGCAGGAGACAGACAACAGCCUCUAUGGACGAUCUGCUAUUGCAAUUCAAAACGCCGUGUCCAGUCACGACAAGAUGGGUAAUGAGUUUGUAGUCUACCUUGUGGAGGUGACUCGGCACGGUGACGACUCGGACAAGGAAGGGGCGUCUUCUGCCACUUGGAUUGUGGCCCGAAGAUACUCGCACUUCCUCCAGCUUCAUCAGCAUCUCAUUCGUUCCUUCCCCUACAUUUCUCGCAUUCCCUUCCCCAAGAAAAAGGUGGUCAUCAAGUUCAAUCAGAAGUCGUUUGUCGAUUCGCGCAAGGUCCAGCUAGAGGCAUAUCUUCGGGAGUUGCUCAAAAUGCCUGAAAUUUGCAACUCGGUGGCCUACAGAGCCUUUUUGUCGUCUCACAAUUUCGUGACCAAGUACAAGUCUGUGGCAGAAGAGGGUCUUCGGGCUGAUGCUGACAACCGGGUUUCUCUCAGAGACGAGCUCCGAGUCGCUACCAACUUCUUUGCCAACGACGGGCUUCUGUCUGACUCUCUCAACAGCAACAUGAUUGGAGCCAAUGGAAGCAACAACAGUUCUGCAUCGUUGGCUUCGGAGUCGACUCAAACUGCGACUGCCUCAGCUGUUUCUGGAACCUCUAACAGCACCGCCACCACUGCGGCGCCCAAGAAGGAGUCCAAGAUCUCCAAUGCUACAUUUGUGAAACCCAUUUCUGAUCUGUUUGUAAAGCUGUUCAGACUGGAUCGGGGAGACGGUCUCAUUCUACGAGGGCGGGCCAUUGUCAUUGUCAUCCAACAGCUCCUUGGAGGAACCAUCGAGCGACGGGUUCGAGAUUCGCUAAACUCUCAUGUGGCUAACGAGCAGAGUGUCAGCAACUAUCUGCAGCUGCUUCUCAACAAUGUGUGGCCAGAUGGCAAGUUCAGGAGUGCAGGAGAAGUUCGAAGUGUCCAUGAAAAGACGUCUACGCGGCACCAUGCCAAGACACUGUUGGAGGCCGCCAUUGUGGACUUUUCGUCCAAGGUUGUGGGCACUUCGAAUUCCAAGUACGCCGCUCAUAACCUGUUCAUGAUGUUGCAGAACCCCAUCCUCAACCGACAACUGGUUCUGUUGAUUCUGGAUGAGCUGGUCAACGAGCUGCUCUCGGAGCAUUAA